AUGUUGGUGCACGGAGGAAUUUUAGAGGAGACGCAUGUCACCGCACUUUUGCAAAUUUUGAUUGGCAAUUACUUUGGGAACUUGUACUCGGUAUUGAUAGUACACAAUGCCACGUCGAAUGCAGCAAGCAAUCUGCAGCUGGAGUACCUGAACGCUGUGCAGUUAGCAUUUCGAAAUCAAUCUCAGCAUGGAAAGAUAAUUGGUGUACAAUGGAUCGAUGUUGCCAAACUGAAUCACAUGGAGUUAAAUGCACUUACACUGCAUGCUGUUGACAUUUCAACUGAGGGAUUUAUAACGAUUUUAUCAAAUACAACUUUUUUCUUGCAUAGUCGUUAUUAUGCAACUCGUAAUGCUGAACUUCGCCUUAAGGAUAAAUUUUAUCUUUUUUUGUGCGAGAAUGAAAGUCCUGAAAAAAUGUUAACAGCUGAAAUAUUACAAUUCUACCCACAUCAUCUUAUGAUCGUACCGACAACAACAAAAUCAAGAUACCCAUUAAAUGGUAUUGCCACACCGGAACCGGAAGAGGAACUUGAACCAAAACCAACACAAACAACUAAAAUAACAAAAGCAACAUUAAAUAAAUAUCCAAAGACUACCUUCACCACUGCCACUUCCAUUGCCACCAUCACCACUAGCAAGCUUACCUUGAACAGCGUUGAGGCGCAGUUAAAACCAACAUGGGGGAAUACCCAGCGCGACUUCAACUUGGAAUUGUGGACGCAAAAGUUUGUUGGUUCUGUUGGUAAUUUGGAUGCUGUGCCACUGGACGCAUUCUUGCCGAACAAAACUUUUACGAAAAACGUCGAACUUUAUCCAAACAAAGUUACAAAUCUGAAGGGUCGCACACUGCGUGUUGGCUCGAUUACAUAUAUACCUUAUGUAGUUACUAAUUAUGUGUCUGCUGGCUUGGGUAAUACAGAUCCAAUUAAUACCAACCAUGCCAAUCGUACGGUUUAUUAUACUGGUUCAGAGGCCAACAUAGUCAAAACAUUUUGUCAAGUGCGUAAUUGCCACCUGCGUGUGGAACCAUAUGGUGUUGACGACUGGGGAGCUAUAUAUGAUAAUGAGACAGCCACUGGUAAUUUAGGUGGCAUAUAUGCACAACAUAUUGAAUUAGCAAUUGGUUGCUUUUACAAUUGGUAUAAUAACAUCACAGAAACUUCAGGCACAAUAGCGCGAUCUGCAGUAACAUUAUUAGGACCCGCACCUGCUUUACAUCCAGCUUGGCGUACGAAUAUAAUGCCUUUUAGCAAUAAACUCUGGGUGUUCCUUUUGUGCACACUCAGUCUUUGUAGUUUUCUCAUGUAUUUUAUAAAGUUUUCAAAUCAUUCUUUCAAGCACUCAAAGAAUAGAGUGUUUAGACAUAUGAAUGUACUCGAACAUUCUGUAUUGAAUAUCUUUGCAAUAUUUAUACAGCAACCUUAUGCACAUACUGGUUUGCACUAUAUUUCUAUACGUGUCUUUCUAACAGUUUUAUUGUGUGCUGCACUGACAUUAGAAAAUAUUUACAGUGGUCAGUUAAAAUCAAUACUGACUAUACCAUUUUACUCUGAACCUAUUGAUACUACAUAUAAGUGGUCCCAAAUCAACUGGAAAUGGGCAGCACCAGCUGUGAUAUGGGUAAAAACAAUCGAAAACUCUGAUUUAGUAAAGGAACAAGUUUUAACUAAAAAUUUCGAAACUCAAAACUAUGAUUUUCUAUACAACGCCAGCUUUCGUAAUGAUUACGGCAUAGGCAUUGAACGUUUAAUGAGUGGUUCAUUCAGCUUUAGUGACUUUCUUACAACCGCAGCACUAGAUAAUAAAAUUGUACUGAAGGAUGAUCUCUAUUUUGACUGGACAAGAGCUAUAAGUAUAAGAGGCUGGCCUUUAAUGCCGCUUUUUAACGAACACAUACUCAUUUGUAUAGAAACUGGGCUUUUCAUACAUUGGGAAAAAGAAGCUGCUGAACAAUAUCUUAAUCGACAGGUACAAGACAUGAUGUUUAAAUUAGCUUCAGGGCAUAUAAACAAAGUUCCUCCUCGUAAAUUAACUGUGGAAAAUAUAUCGGCAGCAUUAUUCGCUUUAGGAUUUGGUUAUUUAAUUGCGGCAAUUGUUUUGUUAUUGGAGAUUUUUACUUCAAAACUAACUCAAAGUUCCAAUGAGAUAAAGAAAAAAGCUACUUUAAAACGAAAGCAAAGAAUGUUGAACAAAAACCUACAGAGCUAA